AACCCCGUACAGGCCGAGCCACUCGGGGUCUCUCUCCCUGUGAGUCUCUUCUUCUCCUCCUCCUCCUCCUCCCUUCUCUUUCGGCCUCCCUCGCGACAAGCUCCCUUUCGCACCGCCCGCCCCUCUUUCGAUGCCACCGCCAUUUCCCCGACCUGAACCCCCCCCCCCCCGGCCAACGUCUUGGUACCUUAGCCCUCUGCCAGCUGGUCCGGCGCGGCUACUUACCUUGCAGUCUUGCAAUAAGCGUCGCAAUCCAGCGCCAUGCUAUGCCGUUGGGAUGACGGGUCGAAUGACGGCACAUUGAUAGUGGAGGUGGUUCCAAUCGCAGGCCACCCCAUCAGUCAUUACCAGCUUAUGGGAUCACAAACUGCCACCGGCUUACCAGGCGCCCCUCUUCUUGACUUCCCAAACUGAGCAUCGCGCCACGUCUGCCGCCGGGUCUCAUGCGCGAUAUUAGUGGGUCCGUCUGUCGCUUGCGCUUCCAACUCUAGCAUGCAUGCCUCGCCAGACGCCGGGAGCCCCGUCCACAUAUCGCCACAGCACCUUUUGAGAGUCGUCCGGAUGUCGACAUGCAUCGCCCGCUCUGACACCGGCACGUCAUCAACUGCCGGCACGAUGACCAGAUGUGGUGGCAGCUACGGCGGCCAAUAGUCCCAUUGUUGUAGCGUACCGGCCGUGGUCAGCCACGGCAGCCCACGUUGCUUUUGCACACCAACGGCACCGCAGGGACGGUAGAUGAUCUUGCCUAGCCUUGGUCUAGCCAGAGACUUACUGACAGCCAUCAUAUGAGCGGGCUAGCCCCAGUUUCACCAGUGUGAUAGAGAAGCCUCUAAGCAGCUCACAAAAACCAGCUUACAUCCCAUCCCGUCCAACCCCCCUCGUUCCAGGCAGUAGGAGCUUGUUCGGAUCUGUUUUCCUUGCGUUUCACCUUCUUCCUUGACCUUGCGAAAGAAGCUUCUGUCUUCAGCCGACAAUUCGAAAAAAAAGUGUUGCUCGCUUCGUGCUGCCGAGCUGGCCCCUCCGAUUGGCAGUUGUCCCAUCCACAGACUACUUACACUCGUCAACCUGCUGAGCUGGUAGCCCUCGCCCACCCAUCCCGGCGCGAACCUCGAAACGACAACCCGUACCCUUCAUCUAUGCGAGAUCUCUCGGGCCGCUAGUCGAAACGUUAAACGAGUGGGUAUCGCGGUCCUAUAUUUCAACGCCAGCCUUCUCCCCGUCGGGGAACGUUCAUCUCUUCCCUUGUUGUCUGCCCGUUUUCGCGGCAGCUGUCCGAGUGGUCGGACCCGUCGAUCAUUAGAGUUCCCCCCCGACCGCCCCAGAGGAUCAUCUCUUUCCUCCCCCGCCUUAAAGAAGAUCACCCGUCACGUUUCCGACCGCAUCUUCUGUCCUUGAAGAUAUCUUCUGCGAUGCAAGCGGGCCUCGGCGUCGCACAGAGAUCAGUAUGCCUCCGAACUUGUUCACGCAUUCCCCGAUGGGUGUUUCGAGACCUGCCACCACCACAGGCGCAGCCUUCCCCGUCAUGAAGCUGCCAGUGGAGAUACGGCUGAUGAUAUGGGAGUACGCCCUGCCGGAUGCUCGCGUGUACGAAGCCAUGGACUCGCCGAAUGCAAGCCAGAAGACGCCUGCGGCGGCCGGGCUCAUGUUCGCCAAUGUUCGAGACGAACCACCACCUGCCCUAGGCGCAGUGUGUCAUGAGACGAGGGUAUUCGUGCUACAGCGCUACAGGCCUCUCACUUUGUCAGCCACUACCAAAUACGUCGAUCUGUCGCGCGACAUCCUGUUGCUUGAGCCGUACCUGCUGGUGAAGCGUCUGCUCCGGACACUGCAGUUCUUUAGUCAGAUUUCCCUCGUGCGCGACAACCUCAGCCGACUUGCGUUCGGGACGUCGUACGGUUUAUACACCGGCAUCUGCCAUCCCGUCUUGAGCUGGAAAGUCUCCAAAUCCAACAUGACGACGCUGCUCGCUCGCCUGGCCAAGUUCCCAAGGUUGAGAAAGCUCCUCUUCGUCGUGCACCAAGAGUUCCAGUUCGACUUUGACGUCCGACCGCCCUACGCCACACAUCAGAUGAGCCAUCCGGAGGAGUCACGGCCACAGCUGGUGCACCAGGGAUACCGCUUCAAGUUUGAUAUUGAGUCGCAGCUCAACUAUACCCAGCCCCGCCACCCGCACUCCAACGAGUUCCUGUACUACCCGCUGGACAUCGAUGAGGACAAUGACGAGUGCUUCGACAGGGACGAUUUGGAGGGCGAGGGCGACCCCUAUGAGUCGUGGCCCACAAACGACGACUGGAGACGCUUCAGGAGGAGGUUCCAAAGGUCUAUUCACCUGGUGGGGAAAGCGUCGCCGGGGAUUUCGCGGCCCAAUGUCAUGCCGACGUUGGAGGCGGCGAGUUUGCUCUGGAGGUAUAGCAAGGCGCAGCGGUAUUGAAGGCCUCACUCUUUGGCGGCUAUGGAUUUACGGUGUUUUUGUUGCUCUCCUUUCUAGCAUUGCAUUAUACCCUUUCUUGAUGUCAAUUUUGGUAUCUGCCUUGGCAAUAAGACGGCGGUUUCUACAUUUCCAUGGAUUUUCACCACUAGCCCAUCGCCGUGCGGUACACAAAGAAACACGGUCGAGCCCCGGAGGCUGUAAGAGAGCAAUGGCACAGUGAUAUGUACAGGAAACCAAGCU